CCGGCGCCAGCUCGACCCUCGACUUCGGAGAGGCAGUGCAGUUCCUCUGGGCGCUUCCUCCCCACCUUCGGCUUCAGUCUCCUCAGGGAGCCGAGACCCUGGUGUAUGCGUCACACCUGAUCCCGCUAGAGAUAUGUCUACCCCGGCCCGGCGCCGCCUCAUGCGGGACUUCAAGAGGUUGCAGGAGGAUCCUCCAGCUGGAGUCAGUGGGGCUCCGUCUGAGAACAACAUAAUGGUUUGGAACGCGGUCAUUUUCGGGCCUGAAGGGACCCCAUUUGAGGAUGGAACAUUUAAGCUUACCAUAGAAUUCACUGAAGAAUAUCCAAAUAAGCCACCUACAGUUAGAUUUGUCUCCAAGAUGUUUCAUCCAAAUGUCUAUGCAGAUGGUAGUAUAUGUCUGGAUAUACUUCAGAACCGUUGGAGUCCAACCUAUGAUGUGUCUUCCAUUUUAACAUCCAUACAGUCUCUUUUGGAUGAACCCAAUCCCAAUAGUCCUGCAAACAGCCAGGCUGCUCAGCUGUACCAGGAGAACAAGCGGGAAUAUGAAAAGCGUGUUUCUGCAAUAGUAGAACAGAGCUGGCGUGACUGUUGACCACAGGUGGAACAAAAGAAGAGGCUGGCUAUAAGAAAAAUAUAUAUUGAUGUGUUUAUCACCUUCUUAUUCCUUAAUGUCAUUCAUUACAUUUACUUUAUUAAAAGCAAA